GGGCUCCGUCGCAUUCGCGAUUCCAUCGUCGCAGUGCGCGGACCGUGCCGAAAGGAAAAGAUUAGCAUUGGCAGAACGAUGUACUAUGUACUGUGUACUACGUACUAUGUGCUAUUUCGCUGAGCAGACGAUGCAUUUCCAUUAAUUGAAUUCGCAAACGCCCCUUUUCGGAGCCCCAAAAUGCGCCCAUCCAAGGUUGGCAAAGCACAUGUUAUUUAUAUGCUCGUCGGCUAGGGUAAAACAAACAUUUAGAAAAAACAGAGUGCGUUAAAUGUUUAAAAGUUGUGAAUGGGAAAAUGUAGACAAGUGAAAUAUUCAAACGUUUGUUGACCCGGAAAACAACAUGUGUACUACAAACAAUAAACAAAAUUGUAAACAAGUGCAAAUCGGUGAAAUACAAAUAUUAUGUAAAUCUAUAAACCUUCAAUACACAAACGAGUAUCUAAUAUCUAUAAAUAAAACUAAAUCCCUAAUGAACAGAAACUAUAGUCGUAUAUAUUUGUAUAUUGCACGCCUAAAAGCUAUUGAAAGACAAAAAAUCAUAGGAUGAUGUGCUCUGAAGAGUAAUUACAAAAAAGGCAAAACUGCGAAAUCGACAAUAAUACGCCAAUGAAUCGAAAAUCACUGCAAUAAGCAUUACAGAGUCAGCGCCUAAAUGACAUGGCAGAGAAACGCCUACUGCUGGAUCCAUCCGCCGCCGCAGAGACGGAGGAGCCGGAGGUACAAAUGACCCGACGGGCCGGAGGAGUGCUCCAUGCCAUCCAGCACCGCUCACUUCCGGUGAGCAGGAAGUCGGUGCUGGGACUGCUGGUGUCCUUUACGUUCUGCUACUUUCUGAUCGGCCGAACCGGCUGGGUGAACGUCCUCGAUCUGGACGUGCUGCACUCGGAUAACUACGUCACGGUGCAGCAUCAAUCGACGGUGACGGAUGUAGAACGUGAGACCAUUACUGAGUGUAUUCCAUCUGUCCCGAAAGGCUUCCUGGUUUACAGCAACUCCUGCCGCAUCAUGGAGGUGGAUCCCUACAAGAACGAGGUGAUGCGCCACUUCAAGCGCAUCAAAUACAAGUCCUGCCAGAAGUUGCCGCCGCUGACGCACGUGAAAUUCGAGGCAAAGUCCCAAAAGUACCUGCUCAGCAUCGAUGGAGCGGCUUUCAGUCGCUAUCCGGUGGGCAAACAGCUCCACUGCUGCUACAUGGAGGUGCAGCGGGUGGACGAGAUGAAGGUCAAGUACACCAAGUGUGAAGCCUUCAAGAGCAGCACCCUGCUGCCCAGUUCCGCCGAGAGCAUCAUCGUCAAGUGCGAUGCGGGUGGCCACCAGAUCUAUAUCAAUGGCCAUGCGACCGUGCCCGUCAAGGAGGCAGUGCAGCAGCGAUUACAAGUGGCAGCUGAGGCGGAUGCGAAGGGCUAUCCGAGACCUCCGAGCGUCCUGAUGCUCGGCAUCGAUAGCAUCUCCCGUGUUAAUCUCAUCAGAGCCAUGCCCAAAACGGCGCAGUACCUCUACGACAACGGAUGGUUCGAGCUGGCGGGUUACAACAAGGUGGACGACAAUACAUUUCCGAACAUCAUGGCCGUGGUCACCGGCUACAAUCUGCCCAAUGCCAUGCACGCCUGCUCGCCAUUCGUGGUUGGUGGCCUGGACAAGUGCGACUACAUCUGGAAGCAGUACCAGCAGAGGGGCUACGUGACCGCCUACGCGGAGGAUGCCGUCAAGAUCAACACGUUCAACUACCUGAAGAAGGGCUUCAAGAACCCGCCGGCGGACUACUACUUGAGGCCAUAUCUCUCAGCCGCCGAAUCGCAGCUGGAUCACACGACGGUGAAUGGUUUGGUGCACUGCCUCGGUUAUGUGACGGCGGCGGAGCACGUGUACGACUAUGGACUGGAGUUCACCAGGCGGUUCCUCAACGAGACGUACUUUGGAUUUUUCUGGACAAACACGCACAGUCACAGUGACAUCUCGCAGACCAGCAGCAUGGACAGCUAUAUGGAGGAGUAUCUGCGGAAGCUGGUGCGCCAGGGCACCAUGGAGAACACGGUGGUGGUGUUCUUUAGCGAUCAUGGCAUGCGGUUUGGGCCAACGAGGGCCACCUGGUCGGGUCACUUGGAGGAACGUCUGCCGGCCAUCUUCAUUUGGUUGCCCCAUCACCUGCGUAGCUCACAUCCGGAGUUUGUGCGCAGCCUGCGGCUGAACAGGAAUCGCUUGACCACGCCCUAUGACCUUCACCUGACCAUGAAGCACAUACUGGCCAUAUCUGGGCGCGCUGAAAUGGAAUCGUUGGGUCCGGCACCCGACUGUCCGCAGUGCCAGAGUCUACUGACCCCCGUUUCGCCGCUAAGGAGUUGCUCCGACGUGGGCAUCGCGGAUCACUGGUGCACCUGCUGGGAAUACGACACCAUCUCGAGCACCUCCAAGGAAUCGCGUAUGCUCGGCAAGCGGGUGGUCAGCUACCUCAACAACUAUGUGGCCGAGUUCCGAAACGGAUCGUUUGCCAAGCUGUGUGCUCCUCUCUCCCUGCACAGCAUCAAAUCCGCGUUCCGGGCGCAUCACAAUGCCCUCGAUCCGGAGGAGGUGCACACGUAUCGACUGAUCUUCGUCACGGCGCCCAAUAAGGGCCAGUAUGAGGCCACCGUGCGACACAAUCAUACGGAUGACUCCGUAAAGGUGACCGGAUCCGUGAGUAGAUUGAACGUCUAUAGCGGAGAGGCGGAUUGCAUGAAUGAUUUUGCUGCCAAAAAAUAUUGUUAUUGCCGAAAGAAGAAGGCAUAGAUGUAGUAGGAUUAUACCUAAGGCUAGUGCCCAAGUGCCGUUACUCGGAUUAGGAUCUAAAAGUACAAUUAACUUAAUACUAUAUAAUAGAAAUUCUUCCUCUCUCUGCCCAAAAGUAUCUGGUGUCUAAUGCCGAUGGACUUGUAAGCCCACACAAAAGUAUACUCAAAAUGGAACUCCUAACGCUUUGAAGUGUUCUGUGAAUACUGUUUGCAUAAUUAUAGCUUCUUUAUUCUACUUGGGGAGUUCAAGAGACAUCCUUGUAUAUUACUUAGUUAAGCUUUGUUGUUAGCCUUGUAAAUAAUUUCUCCCAGCUCCAAGAGACUUUUGCCAAUAAGUAGUUUAGCCAUCUUUACAUAUGAUUAGUCCUUAGAUUACUAGUAGCUACACUUAUAAUUUGAUGUAUUUGUUUAACCUAUAGUGAUAUUGUAAAUUCAAAUAAAAUUAUGUAUGUAAAGAA